UCUCUGCUAAUUAAGCGCACCCAAAGUUUGGAUUUUGGUGUCAAACAACCAGGAGAUAAAGUUUGCAUUUUCGGCUCAAGCAGGAAAAAAAAAAUGGUGACUCAGACCGUGGAUCUUCGUUCCGACACCGUCACCAAGCCGACCGAGGCAAUGCGGGCAGCAAUGGCCGAUGCCAAAGUCGAUGACGAUGUCUUGUGUUAUGACCCGACAGCACGUCGACUAGAAACGGAGCUGGCGAAGAUCACUGGCAAAGAAGCGGGCCUCUUUGUUCCAUCAGGCACUAUGGGAAAUCUAAUCAGCGUUCUUGUUCACUGUGAGGUCCGAGGCAGCGAAGUCAUUCUUGGAGACAACUGCCACAUACACAUUUACGAGAAUGGAGGGAUUUCCACAAUUGGAGGUGUUCAUCCAAGGACGGUGAAGAAUAACGAGGAUGGAACCAUGGAUAUUGAUUUGAUUGAAGCUGCCAUAAGGGAUCCACAAGGGGCGCUUGUGUAUCCUACUACUAGGCUUAUAUGCUUGGAGAACUCACAUGCAAAUACUGGUGGUAGAUGUUUGUCUGUUGAGUAUACUGAUAAAGUCGGGCAAUUGGCAAAGAAGCACGGUCUAAAGCUUCAUAUAGAUGGGGCUCGGAUCUUUAAUGCCGCAGUUGCACUUGGAGUUCCGGUAGAUAGGCUGGUACAAGCUGCGGAUUCAGUUUCGAUUUGUAUAUCAAAAGGUCUCGGCGCCCCUGUUGGAUCUGUUAUUGUUGGUUCCGAGAGCUUCAUCGCAAAGGCUAGAAGGCUGAGGAAAACCUUAGGCGGUGGAAUGAGGCAGGUGGGCAUCUUAUGUGCUGCUGCGCUUGUUGCAGUGCGUGAAAAUGUUGGAAAGCUUGAAAGUGAUCACAAGAAAGCAAAGAAUUUGGCAGAGGGACUGAACAAGAUUAAAGGGCUAGCAGUGAAUGUUGCUUCUGUGGAGACUAAUAUUAUAUACUUUGAUAUCAACAAAGGGUUGAACAUGACAGUACAGAAGCUGUGCAAGAACCUGGAAGAACAUGGAAUACUCGUCAUGCCAGAGACCUCAACCAGAGUUAGACUGGUUGUUCACCAUCAGAUUUCGGAAAACGAUGUUCAUUACGUGCUGUCAUGCUUUCAGCGCAUAAUGACGGGAGCCCCGAGUGAAAACGGGAUCUAAUGGAAGAAGCCGUUUCCGUUUCAGUUUGUUUCUGUUUCCGUUUCAGUUUGUGUAGAGGCGACUAAAAAAGAGCUCCUCACAUUGUAGGGGUCACUUAUAUCAAUCUCUGCAAGCUGCUCUACUUAGCUAAAUGCAAUUGGACUUCUC